AUGACAGCCGUUGAUGCAGAACAAGCCAUGACAAUAGUGGGGACGAUUGGAGGCUUUGCAAUCUCCCUGAGUCUUGUUCCACAAGUCUACCUCACCUACAAGACGAAAUGUGCUGACGAUAUUUCCUACACGUAUCAAUUUAUCUACAUAUUUGGUGCUUCAUUGGUGAAUGCAUAUGCCAUUUACUUUCAGCUAUAUGCAGUGUACAUUCCUUGCUUGUUGGAGCUAUGUAUGAUUAUUAUUUUGACAAUUAUGAAAUUCAUGUAUCCGCCAAGACAGGAUUUGAUCGACUGUUCCAAACAUAGCAUCAUGAUUUCGCAUGCUUCAAAAGGCAGCUCAACGUCGAUUAGUUUACAAAUUAUACAGCGGAUGAUUGCCAAUGGAGAACUCACUGUGGGUGGUGAUGAAGUUCAUGGUGAUGGCUCCAAAGAAUUUGAGAAGCAUAUGUUAAGGAAAUCAAUUACGUUGAUAAAGCAAAUGGCCAUUAAAGGACACCACGGCAUCGAAGCCCCUACAGAGAAGGACCAGCAAACUGAUUUAGAUGCUACUGAAAGGGCAGGAAAUUCAGCUGAUCAGAAGGAGGAAGAAGCAUGA